UCCAGAAAACCUUCAACAAAAUGAAAUCAAGUUGAUCUAAACUGUUAUGGGUUAAAAUGCUCCGUUUAAAUAUUUAAAUGUUUAUAAAAAUCCCUUCAUGCCCAGAAAAUUCUGCAGUUUUCUCUAAAAUAUUGAUUCAAAAAACACUUUUAAGCUGCUUCUCUGCAUUUUCAAAAAUUCUGCUGCUUUUAACCAAAAGUGGAUGAAAAAACUCUUUAAAUCUGUCCAUUUUCUUGAUGACAUCUGUUGGUUUUUGGAGCUGGUUCAGCAUCAGAAAGACAUUUCCAUCCAAACCUCAGAACUUCUGGAUGUGAAGUUUGUUUGGAGGGAAACCGCACAGGCCUCGGUCACCAGCAGAGGGAGCCGUUCAGCUGGGAUGUUCUUGGAUGUCGGCUAAUCUUCUUAGCUCCUUCCUUAAGUCCUCGGCCUUCACUGAUCUCACUGUUCCUCCAGAGGAGUCAUGUACAGAAUGUGUAACGCCGCGUGGGACCAAGAGAGCGACGGAGACAGGAGUUCUCUCUGCUCCUCCUUUUGGUCUGAUGGAGAACAGCAGCAGGAGGAGGUUGAGAGGAUGGGCGGUCCAGACCCAAAGACUUCAGAGGAGCCAAAGAACCGGGGGAGCUUCAAAACAGAAGAUCUGAAAACCGACGAUGAUGAUGAAGUCAGCCGCUCUGACAGCGCAGCCGUCAGCCUGAUGACCUCCGGCUACGGAACAUGGAGACCAGAGGAGCAGGACGGAGGAGAACACAGAGAGGAACGAUCCAGCCGAGGAGAUCUGUCCGAAACGAGAGAUGAAGAUGAAGAGCGGCGGUCUCUCGUCGGCUUUGAGGAAUUUAAGAUCAGAGAUGAUCUGGAUCUGAACGGAACAACCGUCUGCAGGGUGGAGGAAGAGGAGAAGAAACGCGAGCGUGAAGGAACGCCAUCAGAGGAGCUUCACAGAGACGCUCAAAAACAUCAACUCUCCCAGAAGGAGGAGCACCUGGAAGAUGAGGAGAGCCUGGAGGAUGAAGAGCGCCUGGAGGAUGAAGAGAGCCUGGAGGAUGAAGAGCGCCUGGAGGAUGAAGAGAGCCUGGAGGAUGAAGAGAGCCUGGAGGAUGAAGAGAGCCUGGAGGAUGAAGAGAGCCUGGAGGAUGAAGAGAGCCUGGAGGAUGAGGAGCGCCUGGAGGAUGAGGAGCACCUGGAGGACGAGGAGUGCCUGGAGGAUGAGGAGAGGUUGAAGGAUGAGGAGCACAUGAAGGGCGAGGAAUGCCUCCAGAAAAAAGAACUCCUGGAAGAUGAGGAGCGCCUGGAGGAUGAGGAACACCUGGAUGAUGAGGAGCACCUGGAGGAUGAGGAGCGCCUGGAGGAUGAGGAGCGUCUGAAGGAUGUGGAGCACCUGGAGGAUGAUGAGAGCCUGGAGGAUGAAGAAAACCUGGAGGAUGAGGAGCGUCUGAAGGAUGUGGAGCACCUGGAGGAUGAUGAGAGCCUGGAGGAUGAGGAGCGUCUGAAGGAUGAAGAAAGCCUGGAGGAUGAAGAGAGCCUGGAGGAUAAGGAGCACCUGGAGGAUGAGGAGCACAUGAAGGGCGAGGAAUGCUUCCAGAAAAAAGAACUCCUGGAGGAUGAAGAGAGCCUGGAAGAUAAGGAGAGCCUGGAGGAUGAAGAGAGCCUGGAGGAUGAGGAGCGUCUGAAGGAUGUGGAGCACCUGGAGGAUGAAGAGAGCCUGGAGGAUAAGGAGCACCUGGAAGAUGAGGAGAGCCUGGAGGAUGAAGAGAGCCUGGAAGAUAAGGAGCACCUGGAAGAUGAAAAGAGCCUGGAGGAUAAGGAGCACCUGGAGGAUAAGGAGCACCUGGAAGAUGAAGUUCGCCUGUUGGGUGAAGCGGGCCUCCGGGACGAGGAGCUCCUGAAAGACGAGGCACACCUGGAGGAUGAUGUCAGUCUGGAAGGUGACAGAGGAUCUGAGUUGAGCAAAGAGGCAGAGAUCAGAGAAGAAGCUGAAGAUCCAGACGAAUCUUGGAGCCACAAAGACAUCAAGUUCAUCGACUCUCGGCUGGAUUCCAGCUGGACGCCGAGCGGGCCGAUGUGGGCGGAGCAGCAGCAGCAGCAGCAGAAGGGUAAAAGUUUAUGAACGGGGGUCCUUCAUUUCUGCUUUGACCUUCGCACACCUGGAUGGUUUGAAUCCUCGUGAGAACCUGGAGCUCCACCGUCGAUGAACUCGGAAGUGGAACAUAGAACCUCCUGAAUGUUUUCAGCUUGUUUUCUUUUUAGGUUUUAAAGUCAAAUGUUUGUUUUAGAAACAAAAUAUUUUCCAGAAGAAGUUUUUUCCUCUGCAGCGUUCAGGAGUAAACGUCGACUCUCCGGA